AUGGCAGGUUUACCACUCAGCCCUCCGCCGUCUGGAGGUGACAAGACGUUCAACGAUGUGACAAGAACCUUGCUCGACAGAAACACCAUUGUCACGUUUCAGCGAAUCGGCAAACCGAUCCCGGCAUCCGACAGCAAUAUAAUGUCAGGCCCAUCCGUUGCCCAAGAAGCAGGCACCAUUGGAUUUUCCGUCCUGCUGCAGAAGUGUGGCAUUAGCGAUGAUACCGGAAUGAAGGAUGUCUCCAUGGCUAAGAUCAAGGACGGCAUGAGACGAAUCGGUCUCGCAAAGGAGUUUGACAUAUGGAGCUCGCCCACUUCCAAGCUUCUAGACUAUGACCUCUCGUUUCUGGACUAUCUGGACCAGGUGUCACGCCUCUCCAAAGCGCCGGAGCUGUCCAUGCAGGUCUACUACGGUCUGAGGAAAGACCACGACCAGCAGACGGUCCAGGAAAUAUAUCAGUCUGGGAACUUUGUCAUCAAGCUAAUUCAGAUCAAAGACGGGAAGACUCAGGGAGUUGGGUCCAUCCGGGUCAUGGAGGCGCAUCCCGAGGAAGCUAAUUGUGACAGACUGGACCCGGAAAGACUUCAGUCUCAAACUCUUGGAGAUUUCCGAAAGAGAAUCCCAACCAUGUCGCAACUCAUUUCAAAACAUCAAUUCUGUCUUCUUGACGAGACGCCUGUUGCAGACGCUACGUUGUUCAAGGACUACGUAGACCUUCUCGAUGAGACAUAUCCUUACGAAAGCAAUGUGCCGGCCAUCAGCCUCAGGUUCAAACAGAUGGUCUCCCCUUUUACGGAUGGAGACAAGGCAAAGGCAGCGCUGGCCGCCUUGGGCAUUAACCAACCAGUUCAGAAGAAUGAGACCCCAGCCAGUUUUUCAAGCUUGGCUUCAGGCGCCUACUCUGACAAGCCCCAAGCAUCGCUUGUUGCUCAGGAAAUGUUGAAGAUUGAGAUGUCCCAGAACGCCAGUUGUCCAUCGGCGUUAGACGAGCUGCAAUGGAGUCUCGUGAUGAGAAACUGUCAAGUCAUGCAUGGCUGGUACACGGACACGACAAACAACCAGUACAAGAUGGCGCCGAAGCCAGCGUUUUCCCUGCGUCCAGGUCUGAACCUGGAGUACGCGCCUAGCCGAGGAAACGGUAGCGUCUCCGGGACCCCCGUCGCCGACGCCAUCCCCAACUACGGCGUCACGGACGGGUCCAAGAUCGACGUGGUGAUCGCCGAGAGCGACAUGCGCAACUCGCUUGUGCGCAACAAUUUUGAGAAGUCGUCGAUGGACAGCAAGAUUGCGAUGGGCUACUCAGGACUGGGGCUCUCCAUAGGCACUGGGACGAGCUCCGACGCCCAGAACAGCCAGUCCUCCGAACGGAACAGGUCCACGAAGAGGAUGAUUGGCAAAUACAUGUUGCCGCGAGUCACGCUUUUCCUCAACGCCGACGACCUUGUUCCGACUCGAGAGUUUGCGGAAAACAUAGAGCAUAUCAGGAAUACCAAGGACGUCGCGGAAAUCCGGAAGUUUCACAGAAAGUUUGGACAAUUUUUCUGCCAUGAAGUCACUCUUGGAGGCAUGUUGGUGUCGACAAAGACACUGACUGACGAUGAAAUGGUCGAGCAAGACAAGAACCGAGACAUGUUCAAGCACGCGAUCGGAUUGACGGUCUCUUCGCCCGUGGAGAUUGGGGGAGACUCGAAGAGCGAAACCACCAGAGGCAGUGACCAAGACUUGAGCCGCAGCUACAAAGCAAACAGUAACGAUGUGGUUUUCGAGGCCGUUGGCGGCAACACCAUCUUGGCUUCGAACCCGGGCCAGUGGUGUCCUACUGUCGGUAACCACGUCAACUGGAGAGUCAUCGAGCGGGCCGAGUCGAGGCUGAUCAUCGACUCUCUGGUCGAUAUCGGGGACCCUCGGUUCACGAACGCUGCCGACGCCUUUUCGGGCGCGACGCCCGGCCCGGCCACAAAGGGCAUCAGCAUCCCCAAGUUGAACAAGAUACUCGCCCAGCUCCGUUUCAAGACGAAGAUAACCAGCGAGAAGACGCACUACCUGUAUCACGAUAUCCAUAACCCCAUUGUCGCGCAAACAAAAAGUGAACGGAGGGUUUCGCCCCCAAAGUUCCAGGGCCCGCGAGCCGCACCCUACCACAGCAGUUGGGAGAGCAAGGACGGCAUUUGGGUUAUCACUCCGACCUUUGAUACCAAGUACGGCCUUAGUCGACAAUCGCAGCUGGUGGAUGGCUCCACCGUGACCAUCAGUUCCGCGCGCAGUCCUCAAUCUCCCUGGUUUCUGUCCGUUCUACGCACAAACGCGGGGCUCUUCAUGCCCUGCAUGACCACGUCGGAGCAGUUCGUGUGGCGGGUCCGCGAGGUCCUGCGGCCCUCGUCCUCCAAGACCACCGUCGGCGAGAGGCCCUCCCUCCAGCCGCUCAAGCACGACGCCUGGCUGUGCCUGACGUUCGAUUACGACGACAACCCACGCGGCUUCCGCGACUUCAAGGACGACGACCGCGGCUCCCGCAACGUGGAGUUCCCGGACAGCGAGAGCAGGCGGCUCGUCCUCGUCGAGGCGCCCAACAAGUCGGACUCCUGGGAGGACCGCAGCGUGCUCUUCCUGUCCAACGGGGACGACCUGAAGCCCGACUCGUCGCCGCGGGUCAUGACGUUGGACGACGUGGAGAUCUCGGUCAGGAUUGCGCAGUUCAGGAUCGACGUUCGCGAUGGGAUGGACGAUGAUUAUGAUAUCUUGGAGAUGGUUGGAGACGACAUCGAGGCGCAAUACGAGGCGCAGCAGAAGAAGAUGAGGUCGAAAGGCCAGGGGGUCUUGGACUGA